AUGAUGGCGAAGAAAGCCAUCUAUGGCUUCUCCGAGGCGGCAAGACUGUUCUGGCUGGCUUUGAAGGAGCGCCUCAUCAGCGACGGCUGGAAGGAGAGCAGACUGGAGCCUGCCCUGUUCUACCUGCGGGCCCUGGAAUUCACCACCAACCACGUGAAGAACUUCAUCUUCCGAGGUCGCGAGGUGAAGCAGCAUGACGACGGCAGCAUCGACGUCAGCAUGGCCAACUACGCGCUGAACAUGAAGAAGCUGCGCAUCUCAACUGGUGCCACAGCCUGCGUCACGGAAGCGGCCUUACAGCUGGAUGAGACGGCGGGCUUUUUGUGUCAGCAGCGGUGGGGAAGCUGCCGCUUCCCCGUGGGCUUCGGGCGCCCUGAGCUGCCGGAGGAGCGGCAGGUGCACGACCUGGACGCUCGCACAGGCGCCUCUCUGAAGUUCACACUCUUGAACCGCCACGGCCGUGUUUGGACGCUUAUCGCUGGCGGCGGCGCCAGCGUGGUCUACACAGACACCAUUUGUGAGUACGGCUUCGCAAAGGAGCUGGCCAACUAUGGGGAGUAUUCCGGGGAUCCUCCAGAGGACUUGGUCUACGAGUAUGCCAAGAUCAUCUUGGGCGUCAUGACCUCUUCUCCUGAGCCCCACGGAAAGGUGCUUCUCAUAGGAGGUGGCGUUGCAAACUUCACAGACGUCGCCAGCACCUUCAAGGGCAUUGUCAAAGCCCUCAAGGAGUUUGGCGCGGCUUUGAAGGCCUGCGGCACCAGCGUCUGGGUGCGCCGGGGAGGGCCCAACUACUCAGAGGGCCUGACCAAUAUGAAGAAGGCCUGCGAGGACAUCGGCAUCCCCGCCAAAGUCUACGGCCCAGAAGCGCACCUCACCUCCAUCGUGCGGGACGCGCUGGCCGGGGAGCGGUCCUUGGCUUCGACGCCGGAGCCCGUGGUGAAGCUGCCGCAGGAUCACCCAAAGAAGCGGCAAAGGAGCGAGAGUCAGCACCUCAUGGAAUUUUCCGCGGACACGCAGGCAUUUGUGUAUGGUAUGCAGACCAACGCAGUUCAAAGAAUGCUGGACUUUGACACCCUUUGUGGUCGGAAGACUCCCAGCGUAGCUGCUAUUAUCAAUCCCACCGGGGAGGCUACCUUUGAGAAGUUCUUGUUUGGAUCCGCAGACGUGCUGAUCCCGGUGUACUCCACGCUGUCCGAAGCGGUGGAACGCCACGGCAAAACGCCCAAGAUGCUGGUGCCUGGGUUUCAUCGUGUUGAGCAUCACAUUGCCAACGGCCUGAAAGUACUCGAAGUCAUUAAGACCCACGCCAUCAUCGCGGAGGGCGUGCCUGAGGCGUUGACCCGGCGCCUUCACGUGGAGGCUGCCAAGGCACAGGUGGCCAUUAUUGGGCCUGCCACGGUGGGGGGCAUCAUGCCAGGCAGGUUUCGCAUCGGCAAUGCGGGAGGCGCAGUGGAGAACCUCCUGCUGGCCAAGCUGUACAGGCCCGGCUCGGUUGGGUACACCACCAAGUCUGGUGGCAUGUCCAACGAGCUCAACAACAUCGUGGCGCACACCGACGGGGUCCGUGAGGGGAUCGCCAUCGGCGGGGACCGCUGGCCCGGGCUCCGGUUCCUGGAUGUGCUGCUGCGCUUUGAGGCGGAUCCCAACGUCAAGAUGAUGGUCCUCUUGGGCGAGGUGGGGGGGCGCGAGGAAUAUCUCGUGGCCGAGGCGAUUGAGGACGGGCGCCUGACGAAGCCCUUGGUGGCCUGGUGCUGCGGCACUGCUGCCGAGGCCUUCGAUUACGAGGUUCAGUUCGGCCACGCUGGUGCUCGCGCUCGAAAUGAGGAGGAGACGGCUGGAGCAAAGAACCGCGCCUUGGCCAAGGCUGGGGCCCACGUGCCCCGCAGCUUCGACGAGUUCGGGGACCUCAUCAAGGCGGUGCACCGAGCGCUGGUGAAGGCUGGCGUGGUGGCAGUGCAAGAUGAGCCGCCUGUGCCCAAACUGCCUGGCGACUACGAGUCUCUGAAGAAGAAGGGCCUCGUGCGGAAGCCAGCCAACUUUGUUUGCUCCAUCUCUGAUGAUCGAGGAGCUGAGCCAACCUAUGCAGGAGUGCCCAUCUCCGAGAUAGCCAAGGAUGAGACGCUGGGUGUGGGCGGCGCCAUAUCUUUGCUGUGGUUCAGGCGACGGUUGCCGCCCUACGUGUCCAAGUUUAUCGAGCUUUGUGUGGUGACCACAGCAGACCACGGGCCAUGCGUUUCUGGAGCGCACAACACCAUCGUGGCGGCCAGGGCUGGUAAGGACUUGGUGUCCUCCCUGAUCUCCGGCCUUGCCACCAUAGGCCCCCGCUUCGGUGGUGCCCUGGAUGACGCAGCCCGGAUGUUCAGCCAGGCGCUGGACGCUCGCCUGACCCCUGCGGAAUUCGUGGAGAAGUGCAAGGCGGACAAGACUGUCAUCAUGGGCAUUGGCCACAGAGUCAAGUCCCUCGACAAUCCAGAUGCCCGAGUUGUGCUGAUCAAAGAGUAUGCGAAGAAGCACUUCCCCUCCACCCCGCUGCUGGAAUUUGCCUUGGCCGUGGAGCAGAUCACGACCAAGAAGAAGGCCAACCUCAUCCUCAACGUGGACGGCUGCAUCGCAGUGUGCUUUGUAGACCUGCUCCGUGGUUGUGGAGAGUUCUCCAGGAGCGAGGCUGACGAGCUGGUUCAGAACGGGGUGCUCAACGGCCUCUUCGUGGCCUCGAGGCUCGAGUCAGCGGGGCAACAAAAUUCAUGGCGUGCUGUCGCAUAG